GUGCUGGGUGCAUCCUGUCAGACAGGAGUGAGGACUUACCAUCUCAUAUCGUCACUCUCCCAGUCUGUGUUCACACCCAUUUCCCACUCUUUUCCCAAUUCCCACCACCUAUCUAUAGCUCCUCCCAUAUACAAACAAAAUCUAAGCUCUUACACUUCUUCUGCCUCCAUUAUUAUAUAUCCUCUCCGAUCUAAUCAUCAAACCCACACUUUCUAGCUCGCUCCUUUCACCAUCAAUAAUGGCAUCUCCCUCCCCCAUGUCAAUGCACCAACAAGACUCCUCCGGCUCCAAGAAAAGCAUGGUCACCUCGUUCUUGGACGCUGCCGCCCUCCGCCGCACCGCAUCCUUCAAGGAGGACACCUACUUCGCCUCCGACCUCAAACCCGCCGAGAGAAAGGCGUUGUCUGACUUCAAGCUCGCCCUCGCCUCCGCCUCCUGCCCCGCCGCCUCCAUGUGGGGCAUCCCGCUUCUCUCCGGGGAGGACCGGGCGGAUGUGGUCCUCCUCAAGUUCCUACGCGCCCGGGACUUCAAAGUCCUGGACGCCCUCCACAUGCUCGAGAAAUGUCUGCUGUGGAGGAAGGAGUUCGCGGCGGAGGACGUCGUGGAGGAGGAGUUGGGGUUCAAGGAGCUGGAAGGAGUCGUCGCGUACAUGAAUGGGUUUGAUCGACAGGGACACCCUGUUUGUUACAAUGCCUAUGGAGUUUUUAAGGACAAGGAGAUGUACGAGAAAAUCUUCGGAGAUGACGAGAAACUCAAACGGUUCCUAAGAUGGAGGGUUCAGGUUCUGGAGAGAGGGAUUAAGCUUCUACAUUUCAAACCGGGCGGUGUUAAUUCACUCAUUCAAGUCACUGAUCUUAAAGAUAUGCCCAAAAGGGAACUUCGGGUCGCCUCUAAUCACAUCCUUUCCCUUUUCCAGGACAAUUACCCUGAAUUAGUUGCCCGAAAGGUGUUCAUCAAUGUGCCGUGGUACUUCAGCAUGUUGUAUUCAAUGUUCAGCCCAUUCUUGACGCAAAGGACAAAGAGCAAAUUUGUUAUCUCUAAGGAGGGUAAUGUUGUUGAGACGCUAUACAAGUUCAUCAGGCCCGAGUAUGUACCGGUUCAAUAUGGCGGUCUGAGUCGGCCCAGCGAUUCGGACGAGGGCCCUCCUAAACCGGCGUCAGAGUUCACGGUUAAAGGAGGGGAGAAAGUCAACAUUCAGAUUGAAGGAAUUGAGAGUGGUGCCUCAAUAACAUGGGACAUAGUGGUGGGAGGAUGGGAAUUAGAGUACAGCGCCGAGUUUGUACCAAACGCAGAAAAAAGCUAUAGCAUCGCCGUGGAGAAGCCCCGGAUGGUUGCUGCCGGAGAAGUGGCAAUACACAACUCCUUCAAGUCGCCGGAAGCUGGAAAGUUAGUGCUUUCCGUCGACAACACCGCCUCCCGGAAGAGGAAAGUCGCAGCGUAUCGUUACCUAGUCCGCAAAUCCGCCAACAUCUAAUGUGGCAUCCUUUUACGAAUGUGUUAGUAAUAAUAGUAGUAAAAUAAUCUUUUGAAUUUUGCUCUCAGUUACCAAUCUAUUUUUCCUUCUUUGAUCAUUUCUUUGAUGAUCUUAGUUAAUUAAUUACCUUACCAUGGGUGGAAACUUAAUCAUAUGUACUGAUGAGUGUACUUGUCGCAAUCUAAUUUUGUACAAAAGCUGGUACCUUGUUACAUUACAAAUGGAGAUGCUUUCGAGCCGUUUAUAUGAUUAGUUUUGUGUUUACUACUAGGUAUUAUGUAUGUUUACAAAAUAAGAAAAUACUGAAUAUAUUUUUAGCAUUG